UUAGAAGUCCCUCUGUAGCAUCUCUCGCACCCUCUCAUGGCGACGGCGGUGGUGGCGGAGUCUCGAAAGCUGCCUCGGCCGGGUCGAGGCGGCGUGGUCUCGCAUGGUCUCAGUGAAGAAGAGGCUCGAGUCAGAGCCAUAGCCGAAAUCGUGAACAACAUGGUGGAGCUCUCUCACAGGGGCGAAAACGUCGACCUCAACGCCCUCAAAUCCGCCGCUUGCCGAAAGUACGGACUCUCCCGCGCCCCCAAACUCGUGGAGAUGAUCGCGGCGUUGCCCGAGUCAGAACGCGACUCGCUCCUCCCUCGCCUCCGGGCCAAGCCGGUUCGAACCGCCUCAGGAAUCGCCGUGGUCGCCGUGAUGUCGAAGCCUCACAGGUGUCCACAUAUAGCAACCACGGGGAAUAUUUGUGUUUAUUGCCCUGGAGGACCUGAUUCUGAUUUUGAGUACAGUACACAGUCGUACACUGGAUACGAGCCCACCAGCAUGCGCGCGAUUCGUGCUAGAUAUAACCCAUAUGUCCAGGCUAGAAACAGGAUCGAUCAGCUGAAGCGGCUGGGUCAUAGUGUAGACAAGGUAGAGUUCAUUUUAAUGGGUGGUACCUUCAUGUCACUGCCAGCCGAGUACCGUGAUUACUUUACAAGGAAUCUACAUGAUGCUUUGUCAGGACACACUUCUGCCAAUGUUGAAGAGGCUGUUGCCUACUCAGAGCAUAGUGCAAUAAAGUGUAUUGGAAUGACCAUUGAAACGAGGCCAGAUUACUGUCUUGGACCUCAUUUGCGGCAAAUGCUUUCUUAUGGUUGUACACGGCUGGAGAUUGGAGUUCAAAGCACCUACGAGGAUGUUGCCCGUGACACUAAUAGAGGACAUACAGUAGCUGCUGUGGCUGAUUGUUUUUGCUUGGCCAAGGAUGCUGGUUUCAAGGUUGUUGCUCAUAUGAUGCCCGACCUUCCAAAUGUUGGGGUAGAGAGGGACUUGGAAAGUUUCCGGGAGUUUUUUGAAAGCCCUAUGUUUAGAGCUGAUGGGCUCAAAAUAUAUCCAACACUUGUAAUUCGUGGAACUGGGCUUUAUGAGCUUUGGAAAACGGGCAGGUAUAGGAAUUACCCACCUGAGCAACUUGUAGACAUUGUAGCAAGAAUUCUAGCCAUGGUACCCCCUUGGACUCGUGUUUAUAGAGUUCAGAGGGAUAUUCCUAUGCCUCUGGUUACUUCUGGGGUUGAGAAAGGAAAUCUACGGGAGCUAGCUUUAGCUAGGAUGGAUGACUUGGGCUUGAAAUGCCGUGAUGUUCGGACACGUGAAGCUGGAAUCCAGGACAUCCACCACAAAAUUAAGCCAGAGGAGGUUGAGCUUGUUCGCCGUGAUUAUACAGCAAAUGAAGGUUGGGAAACUUUUCUUUCAUAUGAGGAUACACGCCAGGAUAUUCUUGUUGGGUUGUUGCGCUUGCGCAAAUGUGGGCGAAACACUACUUGCCCAGAGCUGAUUGGCAGAUGUUCAAUUGUUCGUGAACUCCAUGUUUAUGGGACUGCAGUCCCAGUCCAUGGACGGGAUGCUGACAAGCUUCAACACCAGGGUUAUGGUACACUUCUGAUGGAGGCGGCAGAAGGGAUUGCUGGGAGAGAGCACAGAUCAACAAAAAUAGCAGUUAUUUCUGGUGUUGGAACGCGUCAUUACUACAGGAAACUGGGGUAUGAGCUUGAAGGGCCGUACAUGGUGAAAUAUCUUGUAUGACCAAAGAUAACCACGGUGGUCUUUGACUCAAUUUUGUAAUUUAUGUUAUGGAGAACUUCGUAUUCAUCACUUAUUUGUAUAUUAUGAGCCUGUCCGUUCAGAAAUCCCCUUCGCAGUUGUACUUUUUGAUUUUAAUAUAGCCGAAAACGAGUUUUGAUUUCUGAAA